AUGCGCUUCAUAACCUGUGAUGGGCUCCUCAUCUUGUGGUGGGGUUCAGAUUUCUACAUCUGCAACCCGGCCACCCGCAAGUGCGCCCCGCUGCCGCAUCCUCCACGAGAACAGUUCAUCAGCCCCAUCACCGGAGUCGACGUGCUCGGCUUGUACCGGCACCAGCCAUCUGAAGAAUACCGGGUGCUCUGGGUGUCCUACGCCUCGCUCAUGGGGACAUCAUUUCCAUUCACCGCUUGUCAGGUUGAGCAGCCUCAUUACUUUGUCUUCACCGUGGGAUCGGACCAGCCAAGACGCAUCCAAUGGCCGACAGUUUCAGAAGAUUGGUGUCCUGCUGCCCGGUCCAACCAUCCACCCAUCCACCAUCGUGGUAGCCUCCACAGGGCAAUGGGUUGCAGCAUAACGGUAUUCGACACCAUAGCCGAGACAUUCCGGCAGAUGAGCCGCCCGGCACAAUUGGGCAGUUUCGUGUUAUUAUUGGAUACGGGCGUCAACCUUCCUUUGUAUGUCAGCACCGACCAUGACCGCGUCACUUUGGAUGUUUGGGUCUUGCAUGACUAUGAUGCAGAGACCUGGGGGUUUCGAUACCGGAUUAACUUGUUAGCGAUGGAGGCAUCUCCACCGCUUAAGUUGUGGAAAUCUAUCCCUAGGCUGGCUGUGAUCAAUGAGCGUGAGCUGUUGAUGGCGCAGCGUCCUCGUCGUCUGUUGCAUUGUGACAUUGAUGGUGUGUUUUUAGGAAAUGUAGAAAGUGAAGAGCAUGAGAACCGCUUGACACUUUCUUGGCAUCGCUUCCAAGAGAGCAUGAUUUCAGUCUCACUGUUUGAGGCGCAAGAAGAAGAAGAUGCUGUGAGCAACGAGCGUCGUCCAUUCAUCAUGGUGCUAUAA